AUGUGGAAACCACGCGCUCUCUCCGUCACACUCGCUCUUCUUCUUCUUCACUCUCUUUCUCUACCUCAUGUUUCAGCUCAGAGCAAGAGAUCUGAAUGGAAAACUCUCACAGGAAGUCCACCAUUGGUCAUAGCACACGGUGGUUUUUCGGGUAUAUUUCCAGAUUCCAGUUUUGCCGCUUACUUUUUGGCCGUACAAACGAGUGUCCCCGAUGUCUUGAUAUGGUGCGAUGUGCAAUUGACGAAAGAUGAAGUUGGGCUUUGCCUUCCAGAUGUCAACCUUCUAAACUCUACUUACAUUUCAACUUAUUUCCCAAAUAAGACUGUGAGUUACUUAGUUAAUGGAGAAUCCGUUGCUGGCUAUUUUUCUGUGGAUUAUACCUUCAGGCAGUUAUCUGAUGUUAUCUUAACUCAGGGAGUAUUCACUCGUUCAAACCUGCCCGAAUACAAUGGUUAUUUAAUAAAUACAGUUGAAGAUAUACUCCCAAAAGUGGCCCCACAAACACCAGGUUUGUGGUUGAAUAUUCAGCAUGAUGCAUUCUACACGCAACACAAACUGAGCAUGAGAAGCUAUGUACUAUCAAUUUCUAGGAAAGUGCAUGUCAGUUAUAUCUCAUCACCCGAGACUUUUGCUUCUGGAAUUCUUGUUCCCAAGGGAUAUAUAUGGCCUAUAGAUCCUGUUACUCUUUAUUUGCAACCACAUACCACUUUGGUUUCAGAUGCUCAUAAAGCGGGGCUGGAAGUUUAUGCAUCAGAUUUUGCAAAUGAUAUUGUAUCUAGCUUUAAUUACAGUUAUGAUCCUCUUGCUGAGUACCUCCAAUUCAUUGAUAACGGUGAUUUCUCCGUUGAUGGUGUGCUGACUGAUUUUCCCAUAACUCCAUCUGAAGCUAUUGAUUGCUUUGCUCACCUAGGCACAAAUGCUACGAGAAGAGAUAAAACCUUGAUUAUCUCAAAAUUUGGAGCAAGUGGAGAUUAUCCACCUUGUACCAACUUAGCGUAUAACAAUGCCAUAGCUGAUGGUGCGGAUGUUCUUGACUGUCCGGUUCAAAUUUCAAAGGACGGAAUACCAUUCUGCUUAAACUCCAUUGAUCUUCUAGAGAGUACCACCGUUGCUCAAACAAGCUUCAUUAAUUUGGCCAUGAGUAUCCCUAAGAUCAAAUCUGGCCGUGGCAUAUUUACAUUCAACUUGACAUGGACUGAUAUAAAAGGCCUGACCCCCUCAAUAUUGAACCCUUUCACAAGAUUCUCAUUGUUCAGGAAUCCAAAAUAUAAGAAGGCUGGGACAUUUUUAACAUUAUCAGAUUUUUUGUCGUUGACAAAAAAUCAGACUUCUCUAUCAGGCGUCUUGAUCAUUGUUGAGAAUGCAGCCUAUUUUGCAGAAAAGCUGGGAUUAAGUGUGAUUGAUACCGUCAUUGAUGCUUUAAGCAAAGCAGGUUACGAUAAACCAGGGAGCCAAAAAGUUUAUAUUCAAUCCACUAAUAGCUCUGUAUUACUGAAGUUCAAGGAGAAAACCAAAUAUGAGCUUGUCUACAAGAUUGAUGAGACUGUUAGUGAUGCUGCCAAAGCAGCUGUUGAGGAUAUAAAAUCAUUUGCUAGUUCUGUGGUUAUCAAUAAAGAUUCAGUGUUUCCUCGUAGUGCCAGCUUCUUGACCUCCUUUACAAGGAUUGUGCCAACGCUACAAGCUUCUAACCUCUCAAUUUUUGUAGAAACAUUCAGCAAUGAGUUUGUAUCUCAGGCAUGGGAUUACUUCUCAGAUCCAACGGUGGAGAUCAACUCAUUUAUCCAGGAAGCAGGAAUUAACGGGAUCAUCACAGAUUUCCCAAAAACUGCUAGUAGAUAUUCAAGAAACAAAUGCUUAAACUUGGGUGAUAAGACACCUCCUUACAUGCAGCCUGUUCAAGCAGGUAGUCUUUAUGGCUCCCUUAACAAUCAGUCAUUGCCUCCAGCUCAGGCUCCAUUCCCUUCCUUGACUAAAUCUGAAGUGGUAGAGGCACCUUUGCCUGCUGUUGUUAAAAUAGCCCCAGCUUCUAGCCCUGCUGCCGGAACCAAGUCGCCACCCAAAAAUGCACAGCCUAAGGUUUCCGUUUGCUUCUUCUUGUCCAGUCUUGCUGUGUUUGUAGCUUCUAUUCUUCUACUUUGA